UGCUGCAAGAGUGCGUUUGACGUAGCACCUGCUGUGUCCUAGAACAAAACAACAGCUCGACAUCUUCGCACAUGGUCCCAAUAGCCCUGACAAAUGAGCCAAUGCAGAGCCUAGAGCACUGGCGGUUUGAACUGCUUUAUCCCUCCCCUCCCCGAUACAUCCAUUCCAAGUUGAAACAGUCUUUUUUAUUGCUUAGCAAGAUCUAUAGCUCACAAGAACUCAUGCUGUACAACGUAACAAUGGCGGCAAAGGAAGCUACUGUGCAGAUAACUGCUGCUCCUGUCUGCAGGUUCUCAGAGCCGGCACUCGCCGCCGCUGCGACUACGUGUUUUUCCUAGUCUACACUUACACUACAAAUAACAGCGGAAUACAAAAAGUGAGCAUUCUUUUAUGCAUGUUGCACUGCUACUUAUGCGCAGCAGUGCAGUACCUCAUCAGUGACCAAAGGGUCCCAUGGAUUGCGUUCCGCCGUGCGCUUCAGAAUAUCGCUGACAUCGGGCGAUGGCAGGUUCAGCUCCUUGAUCCGACGCACAAGCCU